GCAGCUGGGGCCAGCGGUGCCAAGCACAGCUGGACCAGCGGCAGCAGCUGGGCGAGUGACAGCCCAGCUACGCGCGCGCGGCCGCCGCCAGAGCCGGCGCGAAGGGGCAGCGCGGCCCUGCGGUCCCCGGGCGGCAGCAGCGGCCGCCUAGUCCCGCGCCUUUCCGGGCUUGCAGCCCCGCGGUCCCGCCGCCCCGGGGCCGCCACCUCUCGGGGCUCCCCCCAGUCCCCGCGCGCGCAAGAUGGCUGACCCGGCUGCGGGGCCGCCGCCGAGCGAGGGCGAGGAGAGCACAGUGCGCUUCGCCCGCAAAGGCGCCCUCCGGCAGAAGAACGUGCACGAGGUGAAGAACCACAAAUUCACCGCCCGCUUCUUCAAGCAGCCCACCUUCUGCAGCCACUGCACCGACUUCAUCUGGGGCUUCGGGAAGCAGGGAUUCCAGUGUCAAGUUUAUCCACAACGCUUUUAGGUUGUAGCCCUCACAGAUGAAGAUGCUGUUAGAAUAACCACCAUGCUGCUAUCAUACCAAAGGCAUCUGUUCUCUAAUAUCAAUAAGGAUAAUUGCCUAGAAUCAUAAAACAAGUGAAUAGAUCCACUUUCCUGAUUGUCUUGGUGGAUUUUUAAUAUUGCUGGUUUACUCAAAAUUAGGAUUCAAGUAACAUAUGUACAAUGCUUGUAGUCAAGACAUUUCUUAUAUUUCUUUGAAGGCAAGCUUCUCCUCUUAUUUCCUCCUUGUCUUUUUCUUCCCUUGUGUUUUACUUGUUGGAGAUGAGUCCUUGUUUUUUUGUGUGCAGCUGCCGGUGUUCGGGGACUUGAAGGAAUGGGUAGUGACUGCCUGCAGGUGACACCAACUAACUAGUUCCUGGCAUUCCCUUCCUGUGAUUUUGUAGUAGAGUCCCGUUAAAGACUUUCCUGUGACAUGUGUUCACAGACAUUGUGAUGACGGGUCCACACAAUCGCAUCUCUAUGAGUAGUUUGGAAUUUUCUGCUCUGUUUGUUGAACAUGUGCUUCACAAAAGUCUGAGUUGGUCCCUAAUGUCAUUCAUCCUCCAGGAGCCCAGGAGUCUGGAGGAUAGUGGAGAUCUGAGAAGUAACACUGCAAAAUGUGUGUGUAUAGAUACUCCCCGGCUGCCCCUCUUCCUGUGUAAUCCUCAGACAGGGAAGCUGUACCACAGAUGCCUUGAGCUCACGAGGUUUCAGAUGCAUGUUUAUGUGUGUGUGGUUGCAAAUGACAAGCAGUGUUACCAUCUUAUGGUCCUUCUGCACCUUUAUGUCCCCUCCUCCUUCUCCCACAAUCCCCUCUGUUUUCCUCCGCCUUCUGGUCCCUUCUCCUCCUUUUCUCUCCUCUUCUCCCUUUCCACCUCUUUCCCCUUUCUUCUGCCCUCCCUUUCAUCUGCCUCCCUCCUCCCCAUGCUGCCCCCUCCUCCUCUUCAUCCCUGAGUUUUCAGUAUGCUAGGCAGGCUCUCCACUCCGAGCUCCGCCCCCAGCUUGGAGCCUGAUUCUUCUACUCCUACACUGAGUUGACACUGAUCUGGUGAGAGGAGCACGCCUCUGCCAUUCUUUCUCACUGUUCCUCCACACCCUUCCUGUUCUAAUCAUCCCUCCAGUCUGCUGCUUUGUUGUACACAAGCGCUGCCAUGAGUUCGUCACGUUCUCCUGCCCCGGUGCGGACAAGGGCCCGGCCUCUGAUGACCCCCGGAGCAAACACAAGUUUAAGAUCCACACGUACUCCAGUCCUACCUUCUGUGACCACUGUGGAUCGCUGCUGUAUGGACUUAUUCACCAGGGGAUGAAAUGCGACACCUGUAUGAUGAACGUGCACAAGCGCUGCGUGAUGAACGUCCCCAGCCUCUGCGGCACUGACCACACGGAACGCCGCGGCCGCAUCUAUAUCCAGGCCCACAUCGACAGAGAGGUUCUCAUUGUUGUUGUAAGAGAUGCUAAAAAUCUGGUACCUAUGGACCCCAAUGGCUUGUCAGAUCCCUACGUUAAACUGAAACUGAUCCCUGAUCCCAAAAGUGAGAGCAAACAGAAGACCAAGACCAUCAAGUGUUCCCUCAAUCCAGAGUGGAAUGAAACCUUCAGAUUUCAGCUGAAGGAAUCAGACAAAGACAGAAGACUGUCUGUAGAGAUCUGGGAUUGGGACCUGACCAGCAGGAAUGACUUCAUGGGAUCUCUGUCAUUUGGGAUUUCAGAACUACAGAAAGCCGGUGUGGAUGGCUGGUUCAAGUUACUAAGCCAGGAAGAGGGUGAAUACUUCAAUGUGCCCGUGCCGCCCGAAGGAAGCGAGGGCAAUGAAGAGCUGCGGCAGAAGUUUGAGAGAGCCAAGAUUGGCCAAGGUACCAAGGCUCCAGAAGAAAAGACAGCUAACACUAUCUCCAAAUUUGACAACAAUGGCAACAGGGACCGGAUGAAACUGACCGAUUUUAACUUCCUGAUGGUGCUGGGGAAAGGCAGCUUUGGCAAGGUCAUGCUCUCAGAGCGGAAGGGUACAGAUGAACUCUAUGCCGUGAAGAUCCUGAAGAAGGACGUGGUGAUCCAAGAUGACGAUGUGGAGUGCACCAUGGUGGAGAAGCGGGUGCUGGCCCUGCCUGGGAAGCCCCCGUUCCUGACUCAGCUCCAUUCCUGCUUCCAGACCAUGGACCGCCUGUACUUUGUGAUGGAGUAUGUGAACGGGGGUGACCUCAUGUACCACAUCCAACAAGUUGGCCGUUUCAAGGAGCCCCAUGCUGUAUUUUACGCCGCAGAGAUUGCCAUCGGUCUGUUCUUCUUGCAGAGCAAGGGCAUUAUUUACCGCGACCUGAAACUUGACAACGUGAUGCUGGAUUCUGAGGGGCACAUCAAAAUCGCUGACUUUGGCAUGUGUAAGGAGAACAUCUGGGAUGGGGUGACAACCAAGACAUUCUGUGGCACUCCGGACUACAUUGCUCCAGAGAUCAUUGCUUAUCAGCCCUACGGGAAGUCUGUGGACUGGUGGGCAUUUGGAGUCCUGCUGUAUGAAAUGUUGGCUGGCCAGGCACCGUUUGAAGGGGAGGAUGAGGAUGAACUCUUCCAGUCAAUCAUGGAACACAAUGUGGCGUAUCCCAAGUCCAUGUCCAAGGAAGCCGUGGCAAUCUGCAAAGGGCUAAUGACCAAACACCCAGGCAAGCGCCUGGGUUGUGGGCCUGAAGGGGAACGAGACAUUAAGGAGCAUGCGUUUUUCCGGUAUAUUGACUGGGAGAAACUCGAACGCAAGGAGAUUCAGCCACCUUAUAAACCAAAAGCUUGUGGGCGAAACGCUGAAAACUUCGACCGGUUUUUCACCCGCCAUCCACCAGUCCUAACACCUCCUGACCAGGAAGUCAUCAGGAAUAUUGACCAAUCAGAAUUCGAAGGAUUUUCCUUUGUUAACUCUGAAUUUUUAAAACCUGAAGUCAAGAGCUAAGUAGAUCCGUAGACCUCCGUCCUCCAUUUCUGUCAUUCAAGCGCAACAGCUGUCAUGGUGACAUUUUUUCUUUUUCAUUGCCGAGUUACAUCCGUGUUUUCUUUUCUGAUGAGGCUAGAGUGGCCAUGUUUCAGAACCCAAAUGUCUUCAAGUAGUUUGGAGCAUCUCAAGGAGAUGGAAUUAUGCAGGUGGCAUGUAGAAAGUGCUGCAUAAUCGAGACACGCUCGGAGUCCUACUAUGUGCGUCCCUAGCAUGUCGGCUCACAGACCCCCACGGGAGAGAAAAUGCUUGCUUUUCUCCCUGGUCCUCUGCACUGCCAUCUUUACCCCAACCCUCCAGGCUACAUCCUCCCUACAAAAUGGAUGGAUGAACCAAAUGCUAGCAAUAUCCUUCCACUUUCCAGGCUGGGAGCUUGGCUUGAAUCCAAGUAUAUGGCUGCUUUGCCCUAGAGGGAAUCCCUCCACGCUGCCUGUUCUGGAAGCAGUUGAGCUUUGAAAAGAACAUGCUAAAAAUAAAUUUUUAUUUUUAUUUUUUUAACUCAGUGUUAAGAAGAUUAUCUAAGUCCUGGGGAAAAAAGUGGGGGGAAUGCGCUUUUAGACAAGUUUCCAUCUAAAAGCACUUCAGGGUCAAAAGGCAACCAGCUUGGGUGCUGUCACCUUGCCAUAGUUUCUAAUACUGUAUGUCUGAUAGCGGUACCUUCAUCCCCCAAACUACUCAAGAAUGACAUUUGGCACUGUUCCUGGAACCACAUGGUCACUCUAGCCAGGUCCCAAAGGACCCUGAUUCUACAUUACAUUUCAAAUGUUACUUGCUUUUUAUUUCUGUCAUCAUUGAAAUGCAAAAAGAAAAAAGAAAAAAAAGAAAACGAAAGAAAAAGAAAAAAAUACUCACUUUGUUACACAUGCUUUAAGAUCUGUGUCCAGAUGUUAUUAACCAUAAUGGCCUGCUUUGUUCAACCAAGAAGAUGGCUAUGGAACCCAGCAGACUUGUGCCCAUGGGGAGGGGAUUUGUCUAGAUGUCCCACUGGUAUUGGAGAGGUAAUUGUGUGCUCUGAGAAAGACGCCAUCUCCCCAAACCAUGAUGGGUGCAUUCUUCAGUAUGAUGUUAUUUUGCAAGAUGUUUGUGGGAAUGUUUAUUUGCACUUCAGUAUCUGUUCUGAUAUCUUUCUCCUAGCAUCAAGAUACAAUACAAAGAAAGAAAGAAAGAAAGAAAGAAAGAAAGAAAGAAAGAAAGAAAGAAAGAGAGAGAGAGAGAGAGAAAGGAAAGGAAAUCCUAUUUCAAAGAAAACUGUUCCCUUUGAACAAUGAGGACCCAUACUACAGAUUAGGGUCUAAAGAAGGAACUCAGGAGAAAGGAACUAAAGCUGGACCUUUAAUAGCCUCAGCGUUAACCAGCCAGAGAGUAGAGCCCGGAGACUAUUCAGAGAUGCCUGAUGUCCUGAAAUGGGGUGGGGUAGACAGGCUGGAGCUUCCCACAGCAUCAGACUUCAGAGACCACAUUCCCAUCAGAAUCAAGCUUAGGAACAUUCCCAAGGCUCUUAAACUUCUCAUCAGAAUCACCACUCUUACAAAUUUUAGCAUCCUUGAGCAAGCAACUCAAUGAGCUCCCAGAAGUCCAAGGGAGCCCUUGGAGCAGGAGAGACUUCAUUUCUCCCUGAACAGAUGGGCACAGCAGGUGGCCCCUUACCCUUGCCUACAUCUUAGCACCCUGCUCCUCACACACAGUCUUGAGGCAAAUUCUUAUUACAGGCUAAAAAAUGUCUGGGUCCUCCAGUGCUUCUGAGAGAUCACACAGAAAUGUCCAAAGGACCAGUGUCCUUGAAGUAUACCUCCUCAUCUUUAAGAAGACUAUGCCUUUGGGUUCUUCCGAGGCAAAGACCCUUAUAGGUCAUUCUUUCCUGGCCUCUUAGCAACUCAGCUUUAAGCUUAGGCCUUGCCCUGCUUAGAUCAUGUGAAGCAAGCUUGUUGUCCUAACAAUCUUACGAUUUUAGCUGCCAAAAGAGACCAGAGCAAUCCUGCUCCUCACUCUGCUAUUAGGGCACCUGACAUCUGAAGAGUAGAAGUUAUUUUCUGCUUGGUUGAUCAGUGGUGAUGCAAACACAAGUCUUGUGGCCAAUGACACAGGACUCUGUUCUAUAACAAAAUAAAUAUCUCUGAGCCACAUGUCCAUUCCCAGGCAAGUUAUGUAGGGUCUUUCAUUUGGUCAAUGGGUCACCAGGCCUUGGACAUAUGCUCAGAAUAAAAACCACAGAGAAAUCUUGGGCCAUUGGCAAGUGAUCUGAGACGACCUUAGAAAACAGUGUAGGAAGGAAGGAUGGUUAGAUGGAUGGAUGGAUGAAUAGAUAGAUGGAUAGAUAGAUAGAUAGAUAGAUAGAUAGAUAGAUAGAUAAUAGUAUAUAUGUAAAUAUAUACACUACGCUCUACAUUUUCAGGUUCUUACCAUUAUGUUUUAAGGUUCGUAGUUGUCAGAAAUAGAUACUCAAGCCAAAGUGUCUGUUCCCUUAGCUUAGCUUGAUGGGGGUGGGUCAGAGAAGCUUCUGUGGAAAUAAUGGAUCAUGAAUCAGACCUCCCACUGCUUCCUCGGCCACCAGUGUUCUAGAUCAGAGGAAGCCAAGAAGCAGUUUCCAUCACGUAAGAUCCUUAGGAAAUAUUUUAAAAUUUUAUCCAAAAAAGAAAUAAUUUGUUUUUUUUUUUCAUCCAUCCAUUUAUACAUCUUCCAUCCAUUUGAGUAGCAUUUAUUGACCACCAACUGUGUGCCAGGCUGGGUGCCAGGAUCCUGGUGAAAACUAUGAAAGAUGCAGUCCAUGCCCUUCUCCCUCUUUCUCCAGCUCACCAUCUGUGGAAAGAUGGCCAUAAAACAAGUAAUUGAAAGUAUGCUGUUGUCUAGAGUCUCUGAGCUUAUUAAAAAAUUUUUCUGCUGGAGGUCUUCCAGGCUUCUUAGUCUCUCUAUAGACCAUAGUUUGAAGCUAUCAAGCCAUAGUAUCAAGCUCCAUACUUGAUCGGACCACAGACGCUCCCACAACAUGAACGGUGCCCGUGUCUUAUGGAGGAAGGGAACUAACUGGCUUUGUGACUUAUCUCCGAGUCUUCAGUGUCAGCUGUCAUUUUGCAUCCAUCACUUGGCUAUCUGCAGGCCCUUGGGGAAUACCAUUCCAGUUUAGAGCACUGCUGAUCAAAUCAUGUGACCCUUGCUGGUCACAUCCUGAUCUCUCUAGCUCAUCUGAAACAGGAUUAAAAUUUUCACACACACACACACUCACACACAUAUUUAACUUCUAGAAGAACUGAAGGAAAAAAACAAACUAAAAGAAAUCUAACUAAAGCUGCUGUGAACUGUGACCAGUCAUGUGUCUGGAUCCAAGAAUCCACUUUUAAAUUUCAUAUAUUUUUGGCUGAUUUCCUCCUCUAAGAAAGGAUAAGGCCAUGAUAGACCCAAGGCAGACCGGUAGAAUUAACUCUCUUCCUAGGAUGGGAGUUUCUGGUCUCAUGUGGCUUCAGAUGCAAAUUUCCAAAACGAUUGUCACAACAAAGGAGCCCAUUCCCUCCCAACCUUGUAUGGUAAAAUCCUGGAGUUUUCCUGGGAAGGUCCACUCAUGAGAUGAAACCCAUGAAAAGGAAGUCUUAUUUGAAACACAUGGCUUACUGAAGCACGGCAAAUAAAAAAGGCUUCCAAAGUUGGAGCUGGUAGGAAGGGAAGUCCUGCCACAUGCUCCAAGUUAAGGAUGCCUGGGUAGAAAGAGACCCCCAAAAGAGGAGCUAUCUUCUGCCCCCAGGUCUGCCCUUCUCCUUUCCACACAAAGCCUUGUAGCUUCCAGACCCUGCUCAUACAUCGUUCACUCCAUACUGGCUCCAUUUACAUAAGUCUUAGGACCUGUAAAAAUAACUGUUAUCAUUUUGCUUCAGUGUGAAGAGGAAUCUGCCUCAGGAAUUAGGAAAAGCAAGGAAGCGCCCCAGUAAGGAAGUCUUUUUUAUCAAUUAGAUGAGUACUUAUCAACAGCCUAUUGUGUGCUCAGUAGCACUGAAAACACAAUAGCCCAGGAACAGACUAGGACCUUGCCCGAAAGGAGAAAAACAAUGCAAAUUCCCCAAAGCAGGAAAUGCCCAGAAGCUGAAGGGGCUGCAAACACAUGGCUUAUAGAAUCAGGAAAGAGAAGACAGCAUUAAAGAGACAGAAGGCAUCUGAGCUUCCCUCGGGAAGCAGAAAGUAACAGCAUGGACAGCCUGGAACCCUCCACCAAAACUCAGUAUGGACAGGAUACCACAAGAGAAGAGCCACCAUGUAGGAAACGGCUUCAUGGGUAGCCUUCGCCUUGUCUUCUAUACCUAUCCUCUUUCAGAUGACCUCCUGAUGCCAAUUUGUCUCCCUCAACUCAGUCCCAUAACCUUACUCAUACACCCCAGUAGGAAGUACCUAUCGCAGGAGACCAUCCAGAAAGAAGUAGGUUAGAGCCUAGCAACAGGAAAUUCAUAUCAGCCAGUCUCCGUUAGGGGCUAAACCUACUAAGAUUGGCCAAAGUGAAUCAGCCAACAAACUCUUCUGUAACACACCAUGGCCUCAGCCAGGCACCUUACCUGUUGCUAGGAAUCCCAGGCACUGUGAAAACAGUCUUCAGGCUUUCUCUCCAGCCAGAGUAGUUGUCAUGAGGCAAGAAUCAUCUGCUAUGUGGUCAGAUAUAAGUCUCCAACCCGCUGCACAGGCUUGGCCAAGUCCCUUCACUGACCUGUGCCCUGGUUUUCUCAUAUGUCCAACAGUGGGAGACAAUCACAUCAGCUUUGCCUUCUCCAGACCCGUGAGGUGAGAUUGGGAAGGGCUAGUAGGCUUACAGGAGCCCUGGCGAGGCCAGCACAUCAAAAAGCCACCCACAUUCACAUUCUCUGGCAGAACGUGCCUCAAACUAGUCAGCAAUUCCUGUACACAUGCAGGCCAGCAGGCAGACCGGCAGGCAGGAAGAAAGGAAGGAAGGGAGAGAGGGAAGGAGGAAGGCAGGCAGGCAGGCAGGCAGGCAGGCAGGCUGGCCAGGUUACCUACUACAAGAGUUGAGCAGUUUUAUUCUUCAAGCUUGCCUUCAUACUUUAAGCUUUGUAUAGAAGCACACCACCAGCAUCUUUGGAGAGACUCUGGCUACUGAAGACCCAGAUUCUACGCUAGUGUUCAGCUUUUGAGCAGCAUUUCAGAGCCUAGCUUUCACCAAUUUCUUUUGGGGGGCGGCUGAAUCUAAAAUAUGAGUUAAGUAGACCCUAACGGGCUGGCCAACUCUGAGUCAGAUCGUCUGACACAAUUCUGGCACCAGCUAGGCUGUCUGUGGUCAGCAGUGAGUCUCAGACAGUAUGAGGAAGAGGUAGAUGGUGUUUAGCUUCUUGCAAUGAACACUGCUUCCCUCACAUGGCUAUUUGCCUUCUGAGAGCAAUGUGUAUAUACUCUCUCUCUCUCUCUCUCUCUCUCUCUCUCUCUCUCUCUCUCUCUCUCUCUCUCUCUUCUCUCUCUCUCUCUCCUCCCCCAACAAAGUCAGCUCCUGGCCACAGGGGUCGCCAUUGAGUUGUUUUCUUCCAGGAUACUCUAUCUAAGAGCCAAGUCUAUGGCAUUAGCUGUGAGAAGUAGUUACCACUGUAAUUCACCUCAAAGUCGAAGCAUAGGACUCCCCCCCACACAAACACACAUUUCUUUAGGGCAAUUCUUAAAAAAAAAAAAAAAAAAAAAAAAGAGGAUGAAUCUUUUCUUCUCAUAGAAAAUUGGCACCAAGUUUCCUCCCCCAAGCCAGCAUAUAACAUGAACUGAGAGCUGAUGUGAGGCAUGCAGCUGCUCCACGCUGUCAGCACAGGGCUUUCUGACCACUCAGGAGCUUCCCUCGGCCUUCUGGUAACUGGCAUGUCCUGGUCAUGUUUGCUGCUGCUUCUGCUUCUGUUUUAAUGUGUUCGCUUUCCAUUUGGCAGAGAGACAAGCGAGACACCUCCAACUUCGACAAAGAGUUCACCAGGCAGCCUGUGGAACUGACUCCCACUGACAAACUCUUCAUCAUGAACUUGGACCAAAAUGAGUUUGCUGGCUUCUCGUAUACUAACCCAGAGUUUGUCAUUAAUGUGUAGGUGAAUGCAGAGUCCAUUGCCGAGCCUGUGUGUAAGGCUUCAGGCCGAAUGUCUGUUACCAAUUCCAGUCUUCCAGGAUUCAUGGUGCCUCUAUUGGCAUCCGUCAUGUGGAGAGCUUGUCUUAGAGGGCUUUUCUUUGUAUGUUUAGCUUGCUAGUUUGUUUUCUAUAUUUCAAACUGUUUAGUUUAGAAUAAGAGCAUUGCCCACCGAUAGAGGUACACUUUUCCAGACUUCCAGAAACUCAUCCAAUGAACCGACAGUGUCAAAACUUAACUGUGUCCAAUACCAAAAUGCUUCAGUAUUUGUAAUUUUUAAAGUCAGAUGCUGAUGUUCCUGGUCAAAGUUUUUACAGUUACUCUCUACUAUCUCCUUUGAAUGCUACCUAAGCAUGACCGGUAUUUUUAAAAGUUGUGAGUAAGCUUUGCAGUUCCUGUGAAUUCGUGUCUCUUGGAGGAAACUUUUUGUUUAAGAAUUGGUAUGAUUAAACUGAAUUCAUAUAUGCAAA